AUGAAAGAUGAAAAAAUGUGUGCACUUGGGAAAAACAUGAAAGAUGAAAAAAAUGUGUGCACUUGGGAAAAACACACUUCGAUGUGUGGUGCACUUGGGAAAAACAUGAAAGAUGAAAAAAUGUGUGCACUUGGGAAAAACAUGAAAGAUGAAAAAAAUGUGUGCACUUGGGAAAAACACACUUCGAUGUGUGGUGCACUUGGGAAAAAUAUGAAAGAUGAAAAAAUGUGUGCACUUGGGAAAAACAUGAAAGAUGAAAAAAUGCGUGCACUUGCGAAAAACAUGAAAGAUGAAAAAAUGUAUGCACUUGGGAAAAACAUGUGUGAAUAAAUUAAAGAAUGAUGUAGUUUGAUUUGUAGUUUUUUUAUUAACCUUCGUUACUUGUUCAGUAUUACUGACCAGUAAUUUUUCUUUACUUUAUUGAUGCAGAUAAUAAUUCUUUCGAAAAUUACACUGACGAAGACUGGAAAAAACGACUAUCCCCUAAGCAAUAUCGUAUUUGCCGAGAAAAGGGGACAGAACCAGUACGUUGAUUUGUAUUUUUUUUCCGACAAGACAUUAUUCUUUGCUGGUUUUAUAUUUAGUAACGUUUGAUCAGCGCCUGUAUUAGACCAGGGAUUAGACCGAUUCGAAAAAUAUCAGCCAGUUUUUUUCUUCCGAAAUUAAUUUCAACCAAGGUAAUCACUGCCCCCUUCAGAACAAUUCAAGACUAACAGUUUUACAAAGUAUUUCAAACACUCAUUAAUAAUUCAUAAGCUUAUUGGCAAAUCAUGUCAACCAUAAUACGGUAUGUCGCGUCCAGUGGCUUUAAACCUGAUAAAACACUCCUAAUUAGUAUUCUUUAAAUAAAGAAUACUAAUAAGGCAGUAUCUAUUAUAGUCGUGCCCUCAUUAGUAUUCUUUAUAUAAAGAAUACUAAUAAGGCAGUAUUUCUAUUGAAUUUGCAGUCGUGUUUGAAGCCGUUUAAUAAACUCGCAGGUCAUGUUUUAUUUGGUCUAAAGCCACUCGCGCUGCGCGCUCGUGGCUUUAAACCUAAUAAAACACUCCUGCUCGUUUAUUAAACAGUACAUAUUACACACGAAGGGCCUUCGCUCGAAACGUCGAAAUUCUCCUAAUAUUUUUCAGGUAGUUGCAUCCCUACCAACGAAAGCUUGUUCUAUAAUUAUAAUACCAUGUAUUAUUAUUAUAUUAUUAAAUUUGUCACAAAUGUUUACAAUGACACAAUAUACACAACAUGUUACAAGACAACGUAACUUCGUCCCAAUAAAUACCUGACCCCUUAUAACUACUAGGCACUUUAUCGGUGUAAAAACAAACGAAGGCCUGACACUGACCUGAUCUUUUGAGAAAUUAAAUGUUCAAAAUACCGAAGUUUAUGUCAGAUUUAGAAAACAAGCCUGACUAGCCUCGUUUUAGUGCUUUUUUGCGCAUUUCAAAGCUAGAACUAGCUAUAUAUAAUAGUCUAUAUGAUUUUGCUUGUAUGAAUUAUUUUCAUUCUUAAACUCUUAUAUACACUUUGCUUAUAUAGGCUAAGGCCUGUUUCAAACGUCGCGCUUCUCAUGUGCCAAUGCCUCAUUAUCGGCAUAUGAGAAGCGCAACAGGCCUAACAGUCUCUGUUGAAAGAUUGUUUUUUAGCUUACCAAAUACCAGGCUAAAAAUAAUGCAAAAUGUAGUAGCUAGUUUACGAAUCAGCCAAUAAGUUGCCACGUUUUCAUUCAUGUGCCCAAAGCUUGGCCUUUAGAAUGGGGGUAAGGACGUAACUCUUAUUUUUUGUAAAACUUGCUGACGAGUUUGAAUAUAUAAGGUAUUCCGUAAGCAGAUUUUACAUUAUGCUAACUUUGUUGUUAUUCAAUUUCAUUUUAAGCCAUGGUCUGGUGAGCUGCUUGAUAAUAAACAACCAGGUAUCUACAGCUGUGUUUGCUGUGAUGCUGAUCUUUUUGAGUAAGUAUGAGUUCAAAUGGGUGUUAGCAUAAUCUUAGCGUUUACACACGAUUAAUCGGGACGGUUCAGCUUUAAUUAAUUAAUAUUUGAAAAAUAUAAUUUAAUUAAAUAUAAUCACUCCAAUGUUACUACGGCAUAAAACCGAAGUAUCUGCAGUGCAGUGACAAGCUGUUCCCGGUUAAUAUCGACAGGCUUGAACAAGGUUCUGCACCCUCAGAAUAAGUUAUCAACAAUGUUACAGCAUUGUUCAGUAUAACAAUGCUGUAACAACUGUGUUGACAAAUGACAACUUGUUCUUAGGAUGCAGCACAACUUUAUUCAAGCCUGUCGAUAUCAACCGGGAACAGGCUGUUCAUUUUUACGCAUGUACUACUGAAGUUCUGAGUUCAUUUUAACUUUACAGUGUGGAUGAAUUAUUAUUAAACGAUAUGCAUACUAUGAUUAAACCCAUUACUUAUAAUUAUUAACAUUAAGAGUCCUGUUAAACCCUUUACUUAUAAUUAUUAACAUUCAAAAUCCCAUUCAGAGAAUUGACCUGCGCCAUGUGCAGACUCGCAAUGCCUACAUUAAACACGUUUAUGAUUUUUCCAAUUCUUUUGAACAGCUGGUCUACAAAAUUUGACUCGGAAAGUGGAUGGCCAUCAUUCUGGUCAGCCAUUGAACUUGAACAAACCAAUAAACAGAAACAACUUGGCCUCCCUAAUCUGAGUGUUGAUCAAGUUGCAGACAAGAGUCAUGGCAUGGUUAGAGUGGAAGUCUUGUGUAGCCAGGUAAUGUCUGUGAAGUAUAUAGCGUAUUAGAGAAGUUCAGAUUUGACUACCGCUACCACUACCUCUCACUGGCUUAGUACGCAUCUGAUUGGUUAAUAUAUAUCAAACGCAUCUGAUUGGUUAAUAUAUAUCAAACGCAUCUGAUUGGUUAAUAUAUAUCAAACGCAUCUGAUUGGUUGAUGGUCUGUUAGUGGUAGCGGAAGUCAAAUCUGGACCUCUUUAAGGACUCCAAUAUAUGUCAGUGUUUUAAACUAAAACCUAUUUAAUUAAUUUGAAUCUAAAAAAACUAAUUUUUUGCACAAGCCCAAUAUUGUUUCUUCGUAUAUAAAAGGGUAAUUUUAACCCAUAAUCGCUACUCUUCAUGUUACCAUGACAACAUGACGUCGGCAUCUAUAUGGCCUAUAUCAACCAAAAAAGCCGUCUUAGCGGACAAAUAACCACGGUGACCUACCUUUUUUAUUGCAGAAAAUACAUUGUUAUGACGUUUUGAAUCUUUCUUGAAAGUUAUUUGAAAAUCGCCAGUGUAGUUUUCGAGAAACUGAAAGGCUGAAAUUCAGUUUGGAAACCUAGGGAAACCUCCUUAAGACUGGUUUUCAUUAGUUGGCAACACUCGCCGAUGUCGAUUCUGUGACCAUUGGCGAGCAUCGCAGGUGCCUUAGGACAAAUACCCCCAUCGUAAUUCAUCCUCGACUGUACCCUGCGAGCAAAGUUCUCUCGUAUUUCUUCUCGGCACGGCACGAAGAAGCGAGAGAGACUCUGCAGAACUUUUGUAUAAAUUCAUUUGAGCAUGCGCGAAGGUUGCUAAGCAACUGCCUAUUUCCCAGAAAAAGAUUUAUAAAGUAGCUUCCGGUUCGGUUGUUUCCAGCAUCAAAACCGGUUAUAAAACCAGUAUCAAACCUGAAAUUACGCAUAAUUAUCCAAGUUUUUGGAUUGUCGGCUCCACAAAGAAUAUACACAAGUUCUGCAGAGUCUCUCUCGCUUCUCCGUGCCGUGAAGAAGUACGAGAGGACUUUGCUCGCAGGGUACCUCGACUGAUGAAAAUAGACAGAAAUUGGAGACUGUCGUUCAGCAACGAAAAUCAAAUGGUUUUCCCUGCAGGAUAGCGUCAUCCAUGCACGCGGGAUGUUGCGAGAAGAUGUUCAGAAAGGGAAAGCCUUUUACGCUUUCCAAAAGUCGAGCAACAUCCCAAGUACAUAUAUUGGAAACAUUACAGAAAUCUCUGUUAAUAAUUGUAACACCUCCAAUUCGAAACUUAUUGCCGAAGCCUUUAAUGAAUAUUUCGUUAACAUAGGCCCAAAUUUGGCAUCUGAAGUAAAUCAUGAACUUUCUGAAGAGGAAAUGAAUAACGGUUGCAUUCCUAACACUCAAAUAAACACAGAAUUUCAGUUCCAUCAAAUUAAUGUGGAAAAUGUAGCGUUGGCUUUAAUGAAUUUAAAGACUAACAAAUCUACUGGUUUGGAUAAAAUUCCAGCCAAAGUCCUUAAACUAACUGCAGAUAUCAUAGCUCCGUCACUGUCCUUAGUCUCCUAUAUAUUUAAUUUAUCACUCGAAACAGGGAUUUAUGUUGACGACUGGAAACGGGCUCGAGUGAAUCCAAUUUAUAAAUCAGACGACAGACUAAAACGUGAAAAUUAUAGGCCGAUUUCUAUACUGCCAAUCGUAAGUAAGGUUUUUGAAAGAGAGGUUUUUAGACAAAUUUAUAGCUUUGCUUCUGAUAAUUUCUUACUCUCCAAGUUUCAAUCGGGAUUUCGACCUAAACACUCCACACUGUCCUCUUUGAUACAAAUGUGUGACGAUCUACUUGAGAAUAUGGAUAAUGGCAAAAUAAAUUGUGUCGUGUUCCUUGAUGUACGUAAGGCCUUUGAUUGUAUAAACCAUGAAAUACUAUUAAAAAAGAUGCUUAACUACUUUGGUAUAUCGGGAAUUCCACUAAAUUGGUUCAAGUCUUAUCUAUCUGAUAGAGAGCAGCAAUGUCUGGUAAACGGUCAUUUAUCGAGCCCGAGAAAGAUAAAAUGUGGUGUACCGCAGGGAUCUAUCUUGGGCCCUUUAUUAUUCCUAUUAUACAUAAACGAUAUGCCUGACUCCUUAAAAUAUUCAACUCCUUCCCUCUACGCAGAUGACACAGAAAUUUAUCUAUCCUCUAAAGAUUGUGAUGACAUUGUUAUUAAAAUAAACCUUGAUCUUGAAAAUAUUCGAAAAUGGAUGCUACAAAAUAAGCUCCAAAUUCAUCCGACAAAAUCGAAAUAUAUGUUUAUUGGAUCAGCGUAUAAUAUUAAACAUAAGGUAUCUGGUAACCCAAUUCUUGUUAAUAACGUUCCAAUACCCAGGACUGAAAAUUAUACUUGCCUUGGUGUCAACAUUGACGAAAAAUUGACCUGGGAAAAACAUAUUGAUAUGAUAUGUUCAAAAGUCAGUGCGGGAAUCGGUGCUAUAAGACGUAUUAGGCCUUUCGUAUCGUCUGCGACACUAAAAUUGAUGUACAAUGCUAUUGUGCAGCCCUACUUUGAUUACUGCAGCCCUCUCUGGGACAACUGUGGAAUAGGCCUCAAAGACAGGUUGCAGAAAUUUCAAAAUCGGGCUGCAAGAGUAAUUUCUAGUGCGACUUGCGAUGUUCGGUCGGUUGAUUUACUUGAAAGCCUGGGUUGGAAACACCUAGAACUAAGGCGAACUUAUCUAAAAUCUGUUUUUAUGUAUAAAAUUCUGAAUAACCACACCGCACCAAAUCUAAGAACAUCCUUUCGAUUGAAUAAUGUGAUAAUACCUAUGAUCUUAGAAAUAGAGACACCGAUUUGUCUCUUCCUAAACCGAAUACCGAUUCUGGUAAAAGAUGCUUCAAAUAUAACGGAGCGGUAGUAUGGAAUAAUUUACCGUACGAGGUAAAAGUAGCGGAAUCUUUAAGUUCUUUUCAAAGAACUAUUAAUCAGGCAAAACACUUAAAAUUGGCUCGUCCUGUUGCCUACUGUAUAUAUAAUUCUUCUUUCUUUGUUUUUGUAUUUUUAAUGUUUACCUGUACUGUAUAUUUCUUCAAAUCACGCCCCUCAUGGAAAUCAGCUCCUAGUUGUCGAGGCCAGCGUGCUAAAAUAAAUUUUUGUAUGUAUAUGUAUGUAUGUAAGUACAUGGAUGACACGCUAUCCUGCACGGAAAACCAUUUGGCGAUUGUUUUAUAAAAUAACUACAGUGAAACGGACGCUUUAUUAAAAUUAUUGAUGAAAUGUGCAAUUCUCACAACAAUCGUGAACUAACCAAUCAGAGACGGAGUUUGUAAGUCGCUAUCCCCCACGAAUGUUCUUUAUAACGUCUUCAUAACUUCACACGUUAAAAUGUUUUCAUUGUCCAACAUUUUAAAAGGCUCGCGCGAAGGCAUUCAAAUUUUCCGUGCAUGCAGGAUUGUCUGAUACUUAGAUACAGUUUUGAACACGCAAUUUAUCAGUUUGUUUUCAACCAGUGAUAUAGCCCGCGUGCAGGCCCAAGGGAACUGAUAGUGGGCCUGCAAGCAAGGCCCGGUAUUUUGUAAAACGCCCCUUUUCAUAACACGCCCCAUUCGCGCGUCAAUUGUCAAAAAAGAACCAAUGACAGCACCCAAAUAUUAACAAACAAACUCGCAUUAAAAUGUUGCGGGUUUUUCUCUGCUUAUUCAGAACAUAAACAAUGUGUAAAUGGCUGCGUUUUAACUCCAAAAAAGCAAGCAACGCAGUCAGUAAUUGCCAAAUUUGCAAGUGCUCAUUUUCAACUAAAAUCGGAACAGGCAAAUUAGGACGAAUUUCAACAGAAAACCAGUCUCAAACUUCAAAUCGUGAGGGAAGUCGUGCGACCACAUUGGCAUUUAUAUUAUGUGAUUCGCUGUCGCCAUUGGCAUUGUUAUAAUUAAAUUGUCUCACUUAUCAGAUCGUGUGUGCAAUUCUUGUUGCCGGCGGAAAGUACGAAAUUUAUUUCAGUUAUUUCAUUUGGUAAAGAACUCUACAAAAGAAGAGAGCGUUCAGAGUCCAGAUCGUUUCGAACGGCAAUUUAAUACCGUCUUCUGUUUCGCUCUCUCAGCGAAGCCUUGUAUAUCGCAAAGUGUUUCGAAUAGGCUUACAUGCAACUGCAUCUCAACAUCAACCAAAAGAUAAUUUUCUUGAGGAAUAUUUAAUGUAUCAAGUCUGUUUGAAAUUAAUGAAACUCAAGUAAAGGUUACUAUAGUUUACCCCAGUCGUAAUGUUGCUAUUCCAACACCUCACGACAAGCAAUCCCCAUUGACAUAACGGCAAAAACAUCUCUUCCUUCAAGUAAACAAUAAACAGUCUGUUCUUGUUCCAUUUAUAAUCGAAAAAUGUUAUCAAUUUUCGAAUUUUGAGCUUAUCGAGAGCCUUUGUGAUGAAUCACUGACCUAAUUAUAGAAUCCGACAGCAAACAGCCAAUCAGAAUGCCGCGUUCGUGGGCGAACGCGGAAAGUACAAAAUACCGGGCCUUGCUUGCAGGCCCACUAUCAGUUCCCUUGGGCCUGCACGCGGGCUACCAGUGAUACUAAAAAGUAUGCUUCAAAGCUUUACUAAAUAUAUCUCCACUAUGUUUGCAAAUCGUCUUUGAUUUCAUUUUAGUGUGGAUCUCACCUUGGACAUGUGUUCAGCGACGGACCCAAACCUACGGGACUACGAUACUGCAUUAAUAGUGUAUCGCUUAAAUUUAAACCUAGUGUAAUAGACUAA